UAUAGUAGAUGUGAGUAUUUAUUGAAGUAGGAACAAGAAGGAUAGAGAAGGAAGAGGUUUGACCGAUGAGAAGUGAAAAACAGUAGAACAGAAGAAGCAAACGUCGAAUGAAUCCUUUGCUUCAACCAUUGAAUCUGCGUGUCUGAGAGAUGGAAUUUGCAGUUGCAGAAAAUGUUGGAUUAAGAGGACACGUGGUGGCCAUGCCUUACCCUAGCCAGGGACACGUAAACUCCAUGAUCAACCUCUGCAACCAACUUGCUUCACUUCAAACUUCCAUUCUCAUCACCAUUGUCGUCACACAAGAAUGGCUUGGCUUAAUCGCCUCCAACCCUAAGCCCACCAACAUUCACUUCGCCACCAUCCCCAACGUUAUCCCUCUCCAAUCUCAGAUUGCCUCCGAUAUCACUGCUUUCUUCCAAGCUGCCGUCACCAACCUCCAACCUCCCUUCCGCCGCCUCCUCCACCGCCUUCACCCCACCGUCACCGCCCUCCUCGCCGACGUAGAGCUCCAAUUCCCAGUCGCCGUCGCACGCCGCAUGAAUAUUCCGGUCGCGCUGCUUUGGACCAUGUCGGCUUCCUUUUUCCUCAGCUUACAUCAACUACGAAACUUGGUUCCAAACGGAGCUUUGAAGGCUGAUCUUUUAGAUGAUUGUGAAGAGCAUAUACCAGGAAUUUCUCCGGCACAAUUGUCUGAUCUUCGAACAGUGCUUCGUGAGAAUGACUUGAGGUUUCUGCAACUUGAGUUGGAAUGCAUUUCAGAAGUGCCGAAAGCAGAUUGUGUUAUAGUUAAUAGUGUUCAAGGGUUGGAAGCUGAGGCAAUUGGUUCUUUGAGGGCCAUGUUCCACCUUCCAAUUUAUCCCAUUGCCUUCCCUUACUUCAAACCCCAAGCAAGUCAUUCAGUUUCCAACAGUGAUUACAACUUUGACUACUUAAAUUGGUUAGACUCUCAGCCAGCUAUGUCAGUAUUGUACAUUUCUCUGGGUAGUUUCCUGUCUGUGUCUUGUGCCCAAAUGAAUGAGACUGUUUCUGCUUUAAAAACGAGUGGUGUUCGUUAUUUGUGGGUGGUUCGUGGAGAAGUUUCCUGGCUAAAAGACAAAUGUGGGGAUAAGGGUUUAGUGGUGCCUUGGUGUGACCAAUUGAAGGUUUUGUCGCAUCCUUCUGUGGGUGGAUUUUGGAGCCAUUGUGGGUGGAAUUCCACUCUUGAAGCUGUUUUUGCUGGUAUUCCAAUGCUGACAUUCCCUCUAUUCUUUGACCAAGUCCCAAAUAGUAGGCAAAUUUUGGAAGUGUGGAAGAAUGGGUGGGAGUUAAAAAGAUCAGAGUUAGGAAGUGAAGAAUUGGUAACAGAGAAGGAAAUAUUGGAAGUGAUUGGAGAGUUUAUGGAUGUUGAAAAGGGUAAAGAACUUCGAGAGAGGGUCCUAGAACUUAAGGGUAUAUGUGAGCAAGCAGUCGCUGAAGGUGGAUCCUCCAAUAUGAACCUGAAUGCCCUUAUAAAAGAUGUUUUGUGUAUUCAAGGUGGUCAUUCAGCUUCAGAGGAGUGCUAGUUCCUCAGUGUGACAACUAUAAAAUAGGCAAAUAAAAUGUGAUAUGUUACAUUACUUUGUUUUGUUUAAAAUACGCUAAUAAAAACUAGAAAUGAGAAAUUUCAUAGGUUAAA